UACGAGUCAGUUGGCCGACAUGAGCCGCGCGUGCUGGGGCUCUUGGUGUUUAUCCGCUCUUAACGGCUAAUCUCGAAACGCGCACCCUUCAUAUAUCGGGACGUAUACGCGUAGACACUGUUUGUGAAACGUACACGAGGGGUCGAAACGACGUUUUUCACAAUUCAUACCUGGGGUAGGGAAGGUCUUGACGUUCGAACGCCGGGAUCGAGCUUCGAUUUUUUCAAUGGCGCGGAUAGCCUCCCCAUGACGAAAAGAAUUUAGUGUUUCGCGUGUUGUCGAGGGAUCGGUUACGAGAUCGAAGGGUUCGUAAACGAGAGAGAGAGAGACCGAUGUGAAAUAGUUUCGCGGCAAAUUGGCAAUCGGAUUUAUAUAUAUGUUUCAAUCCGGGAGUGCAGAAUUGACGUUACGAUGCGCGGUGUAACGAACUUGCGACGAUGAUAACGCCAGUGUCAGUGCAGUGGGGUUAAAGUGCCAGCCGGUUUAUGGAUAACCACGCUUCGCUGAUUGGGUGCACAACCGCCAGCGUCUUCGUCGAGAGAGCUUUCUGCACACGGCGCGUUUUCCGAUUUCCGCUCCGGCCAGUAGUACAACUUUACGUCUUACGUGCCCGAUCGAGAAGUUGCGCGGAUACACUCUGGUGUGGGCUCGUAUCAAGCCGACGAGUGGUCAGUGUGGUGCUUCGAUAUUUAAGUGUCACUCUAACCGGGAAAUGAACGAAUGAUCGGACGGCGGUGAUCCGUGAUACACGAUGAGGCCGAAAUCUUGCUCGCUAUUCCUCUUGUUCUGCGUACUCCUGCCCGGAGUGGUUCGUCCCUUCGCAUCCCGUGAAGAAGGCGAGGAUGCCGCGGAGGACGAGGAUUCCUAUCUAGAGGAAGAUGAGGUGCCUUCGGCUACGAUAGCUACCGAUACUGAACUCAUUUCCGAAGGCGGUGGUCAUCUACCAGUUUUUCUCACGGAGCCCGUAAAUGCUUUUGUCGUAAAGAACAAACCUGCCACUCUACGAUGUAAGGCCGCUCACGCGCUGCAGAUCUAUUUCCGCUGUAACAACGUAAGGGCGGAUGAUUCUCAACAACAGGACUUCGUCGACCCUCACACGGGAACGAGGAUCGUCGACUGUGAGCUCAACGUUACGAGGGAUCACAUCGAAGAAUACUUCGGCAAGGACAAAUUCAAAUGCGAGUGCAUCGCUUGGUCGGGAUCAGGACAAAUCAAGAGCCAGCCAGCAACUAUUGACGUCGCUUAUCUGAAAAAGCAAUUCGAUUCGCCACCAUACUCAGUGUCCGUCGAAGAAGGCCAGAGCACCGAGCUCAGGUGUUUGCCCCCAACGGGAGUGCCACCACCUAGAGUUUACUGGCUGAAAAAUAAUGUCCUCGUGGACACAGAGUCGGACACACUUCUCGUGUCCAGCGAGGGCCAUCUUCUUAUUGGUCAAGCGAAACUUGACCAUCAGGCGAACUAUACUUGCGUGGCCGAGAACAUCGCGGCGAAGCGACUGAGCGAGCCAGUUAGUUUAACGGUAUACGUUAAUGGUGGCUGGUCUUCCUGGUCGUCCUGGUCGGAAUGUCACUCGCGAUGUGCAAAAGGCGGUCAAAAGAGAACGAGGACCUGCACGAAUCCACCGCCCCAGAACGGCGGCCAGCCGUGCCUCGGACCGUCUCAGCAAAAGAUGGACUGCAAUACAGCCUGCCCCGCCGCUCCAGAAGUCUUCACUAACACCCUGGCAGUCGUGGACGGCGGAUGGUCCAGAUGGUCGGCGUGGUCGGUGUGUGGGAGCGAUUGCACACACACGAGAAGGAGAUCGUGCGACGAGCCGCCGCCCAACCACGGCGGCCGACCUUGCCAGGGCAGGGACAUCAACGUAGCGAAUUGCACCGGUGGCAUGUGCAACGUCGGCAACGCGAAGGUCGGCGGCGCUCAUUUAACAGAGGAAGCGAAUCGCCAGAUGGAUGUAGCCUUAUAUGUCGGUCUAACGGUCGCCCUAGUGGUAAUUGGUGGCUUGGCGAUCUUUCUGACGAGACUGCUGCGACGCAAGGGUCGUGAUCAUUCCUUAUACUCCAUGGCUCGUAAUGAAUUCCAGCCGGAGUUCUUCCCGGACCAGGACAAGAAGCUGAGCCUGCAGCCAGACGUGACAGCGACGAGUGUGCCGGCCUGCUACGAGUAUCCUUUCGACCCGAAGCUAUCAAUGUCGAGAUCCCUCUCGGAACACCAUUACGAUGUACCACACUUGUCGAUCGCGCCCCAACCGUCACCGAUGUCGCCUACGCCAAGUACGUCGACCCAGGAGUCGUGCAGCGACAAGCAGAUCCAUUCGGACAGCGAGAACAGCGUCACUAGCUCCUACCCGUCCUCGGACUCGACGUACAACGUCGCCUCGGAAAGCGUCCGGUUGCCGAAGCUGGAGGCCGGAAAUGUCGCCAGGGCAGCGGUGAACACGCGCGGCGCUCUACUGGUUCUUCCAGACUCCGGGAUCUCCAUGUCCGUGCCCGAGGGAGCCGUUCCCAAGCCGCUUCGGGAGGAACUCUAUCUGGCGGUGCUCAACGAGGAUCGUUACAGGCCCCGAUUACCCGACGGAAUAACCCAGUUAUCGGCUGUGGUGACCUGCGGCCCGUCAUCCGCCACCUUCAAUAAGCCUGUGAUCCUGCAAUUCGAGCACUGCGCCAUGUUACACCCGGCGACCUGGGAACUGAGCGUUUGGGCGUGCGACGGUGUUAACAUAGACGACGGCUCGUCGUCGAUAGCGCCGAAAGACCACCAGUCAAUUACGUGGAGCAGGGUGCUGACUCUAGGCAACGAGACUAUCAAUACACCGCUGUUUACGCAACUAGAUCACGCGGAAGCUUUCAUCGUGACCGAGCAGUUACGUAGCUACGUGUUAGCCGGUCAGAGCUGCGAGAAUUCGAUCGCCACGAAGAGAUUGCGGUUGGCGCUGUUCGCCAGCCAGGCCGGCCAGUGUUGCGUCAGAGUUUACGCCGUGGAAGACACGAAAGCGGCCAUGAAGGCCAUUGUCGAUCGGGAGUCGCAGAUCAGGGGCUAUCUGUUGGACAAGCCGCGCACGUUGCUGUUUCAAGACAACGGGGAGUCGCUCUGCGUCAGCCUCGAGGAGGUCGGCAACGAGUGGCAGAGCAAAUCGCCUACGGAACGCCAGGAAGUCCCAUUCCGCGACGUUUGGAACUGCCAGGAGAACGCCAAGCACGUGACCUUCGGUCUGGAUACGGCCUUUGGCCCGACCACCACGAGGAGCUACAAACUGCAAGUAUCGCAAGGCAAUUCCGACACGAGACAGGUCUUCAGAAUCGUUUACGACGGCGCGAAGCAGUUGAUUUCCUCGGGUAGCGUCACGCGGCCGCUCAGAGAAGUCACCGUGGUUAGCAGCGGCCACGCUAACAACGCCACAACGGACUCCACCGCGCUACGGCCGUUCCGGUUUACAAGAUCCUUGAGGAAGCAGCUCUGUCAGUGCUUGGACCCACCGAACGCCCUCGGCAACGAUUGGAGAAUGUUGGCGCAAAGGCUUCAAGUCGACAGGUACAUCAAUUACUUCGCGACUAAGGCCAGCCCGACCGAGCACAUUCUGGAUCUAUGGGAGGCGAGGCACCGUGAACCGACGGCGGUGACGGAUCUGCUGAACCAUCUCAGAGUAAUGGGCAGGACCGACGCCGCCACGAUUCUGGAGGCGCAGCUCGGCCCAUGGCUUUGAAUAAACAGAAAACCGGAUCCUGAAAAGCGGUUUCCAGCGAUGAGUGAAAGUCGAGACCAUUGUACGCCCACUCGUGACGGGGUGAUCGGUGAAUUAGUGAACGCGAUCAAACAGCGACCGGUGAACACGAGAUCGAUUAGUGAGUACAGUGAAUCGGAUCGCCAGAGUGAGUGAGAGACGUAGCGAGAAAUAGGAGGAAGGAGAACUCGGUUCUCCGAACGGACUCAUCGAAACACUGCCUUAAUGGUGCGCGACAAACGCGCCGGUACUUUGUAAAUAAACGUGAGUUAGCGGGAAGCCCGAAGAUUCCCUUUUAGAAGGAGAUUCUAUGGGCCACAUUAAGGACCGCGGCCCGAGAAAUGCUUAUCCGAGAGUUCAAGAGCGCCGUGGUCCGUAAAAGGAAACCGUAUAUAAUCGUGACAAAGUAAUUAGGGACUGUGCAUUUAGACAGAUAUACGUGUACAUACAUGCUAAAAGAAAAAAAAACACGCGCGCAGAUACAGAUCGAUAUAUCCAUUUUAGAGAUGGAUGUUUAUAUAUAUAAAUAUAUGUUAUAUAUAUAGAUAUAUAUACAGGACACGAAGUAAAGUUCGAGCGGAUCGGCAAUAUCCGCGACACCUCGGCGCGAUGACGUGAUUUUGAUCGAUUUGUUAACACACAUACGCACGCGAGCACGAGCGAGUGAUUAUUAUUUUUCUGAAAAUCGUGCCAAAAUUACCUCGGUUUCGUAAAAACGUACACUUCCGUUAUUGUUGCAUCAGAGCUUUUCGUAAACGCCGUAUGUAUCCUUUUUAUGCGUGUCGACAAUACAGAUCGCGGUAUACACGAGACUACACGACGAGACGCGUCGUGCUGCGCGUUGCUCACGAGCGGAGUCCAGGCAACGCGCGAUCGCAUAAAGCGAGCUAAUUACGACAGACAUGAUUUAAAUCGACGAUUUAUUUGAGAGAAUUGUAUAUUUGUUACUUUCGACGAAUAAAAUAUUCUUGUAUACCUCA